AUGCACGCGUGUAGAGUCGCGACGUCGUUGAAGGUGUCGGCGCGCCCGAGCGUGCAGGCGAAGCGCGCGCGCGCGGUGCUCGCGCGGGCGGAGAAUGAACAGAUGAAUCAAGAAAUGUCGGGCGGUGAGAUCGGCCUGGGGGGUCUCGAGGACAUGAUGGACAAGGCGGACGGCGGCGCCGCGCCGGAUUUCGUGAAGGAGCUCGGGAUUAAAGAACUCGACGACGUGUUCGCCAUCUUGGGCUCGCAAACCAAGGGCGCCGAGCUCGGGCAGCUCGUGUUGACUGAAAAGUUUGGCGAGACGCUCUACCGCGAGAGCGGCUUCACGGCGACGGCUGAGAUGAUCAACGGACGAUGUGCGAUGGUCGGUUUCGUGUUCGCCGUGCUCAACACGUUCAACGGUGACUUGCUCACGAUGAUCGCCAAGGUCCCGAUCGUCGUCGCCAUCGUCCUCGCGACCAUCUCCGCGGCUUCCGUCGUGCCGAAGGUUAACCCGACGGGCUACUUCCCGGACUCCGUCAACUCCGCCGCCAUGAACGCGUACUCCGGCGCCAAGUUGGACGAAGUUUUCACUUACAAGGCCGAAAUGGUUAACGGUCGCAUGGCCAUGCUCGCGAUGGCCUUCUUCCUCGUCACCGCAUCCAUCUUUUAA